GCAGCGCUGCUGGUAGCGGUGUGGGGGGGGGCGGUGCCGCCGGGCACGGUGUGUGGGUGACCGAGUGGAUCACGACCCGGGUGUUUAUUGAGCCGCCAGACGGGGGUCGGUACAUCCCGGCACAGCGCUGUGCGAGUCUGAACAUGGCGGCUGUGAGCUUAGAGGCGAGCCGGGAGGUGUCUCACCAGCGCCUCCCAUAUGGUCUAGCGGUUAGGAUUCCUGGUUUUCACCCAGGCGGCCCGGGUUCGACUCCCGGUAUGGGAAGGACUUGAACUUUUUGCUCCCGCAUCAUUUUGGAGCCGCUCACACGGCAACCGACCAACCAACCAACCUGGCGACCGGGGCCGCCCAGCAGUGCCACAGGUUGACGGCCAUGGGCAGCGCUCAGAGACACCCCGAGGCACGGCACCGAGCACGGCGGGAUGGAGCCCUGUACGGCAUCGGUCUGUACGAGUGUGCACGGCACCGCUCUGUGCGUUACUGCUGCUUAGCAAUGGCAACGGAAAGCACAGCCUGCAUGGCGGGGCCUUUAAAGCGCUGCGCAUGUAGCGUACGGCACUACGCAUGUAGCGUACCGUACUACGCACGUAGCGUACCGUACGGCGGGCACACCACGCAUGCGCUUUACUCUCAUUCACGGUCGGCUGCACAGUGCCCUCUGCUGGCGGCACGGGACCGCGCAUGCGCACAGCCUCGGCCAGCUCCCCCUCAGGAACUGAAACUAGAACGGCGUUUUUCCCAAUUGAGAUACAUCUCCAGGCAAGUGUUCAGCCGUCCUCUUGAUCCAUAUACAACACAUGGCUGGUUUUCUGACGGUGCCGAUCAAUCCCUCUGUAGCACUAUCGUUGGAUUCACACCUGUGACUCCACAGUCUCUCUGCCUGCCCUACACAAGCAGCCACCCACACAACUGCAAAUACAUUCCAGUAUCUCUCCUGGAUCAUUAAAACAUCCAGACACAUGGACAGGAGGUAAGAAGUGAGAGCUAUCUCAUCUUGUGAGCAAAGUGAUGGGUAGCCAAGACUCACAAGCCCAGAUCCUGCUGCUGAAACCUCUUAUACGCGUCAGAAUUAAUACUAAAGGUCUUGAAUUAGUUCGAAGGAGACUUAGGUGGAAAAGAAUAAAAGCAAGCAGACUCAGUUUGAGAACCCACUUUUUGCCUCACCUACAGAGCCUAAUCCUUCUGCAGAGCUCAGUGGAAACACUCCUUUGUAGGGUAGCAAGAGGAGAAUUUAGCACUAAGUAAGUUGAAAUCUGGGUUAUGGGCAUAGUUGCACAUUUCAGUGAGGCUAACAUGAUGUAGUAACACCACGUAAGGUAACUGGGAUUAAAUGUUAGCAGCAUUCUCACUGCAUUAUGACAGCAGCCAAGCAGCACUCCAUCCGUGUUAAGCUACAGCAGACUGCAGUGGAGCAGCAAUUGCAUCUUACACUGAUGGCCACCUGAAAGAAGAAAACUUUAAUUGCAAAGAAAUUAAAAAGUUACUUUUCCUCUUUCUAUGAUGAUAGAGCACUAUGUAAGUUCUGCAAGAAUUAUACAUUGGAAAAGUUUAACACGCCUUUUCUGCCAUGACUUUUGCUACCAAAAGAUAACAGGCAGAGGUGCCACAGCCUUCUGUCCCCAUAUUUCUGUGUGGCAGCAGACGCAGGCGGGCAGAGGGCUGAUGCAGACAUUUGUGUCACUUUCCUGAUAAGAUCUGACAACGUUAACGAGAUUCAGGGAUGACUAUUCGUGGUGAAAGAUCAGAAAUGGCUCCGCGUCACUGCUGAAUUCUGACAAGAGAAGAUGUGUGAGUGACAUAUCAGAAUGGGAGGAGGAAAGAUAAAAAUGGGCAAGGGAAAAAGCUAAUUACAGUCUGCAGUCAAUUGAAAACGUGUCUCUUGAACUCACUAUCAGCACCGCGAUCUGAUUUUUCACCUACCACACGGUGCCUGAUAAACAGUGACACUCUGUUAUUAACAUAUUGCCAUCCAGUACCUACUAAUGCAUGUCAGAGCACUCCGUGUGGUGGUAUUUUCCCCUCUAUCUGCAUCUUUUCUUUUUUUUCCUUUCCUUUUUCUUAUUUUUUGCUCCCCUAGUCAGAUGAGAAUCAAACAGGAAGAGUUUCUUGCUAACUCCUUUUAACAUCUCUGAUAAGGUUCUCUGGGAUCCUAAUGGUACAUCCUAAACUUAGAUUCAAAAGCAGACAGUCACUAAUGGCCUCCUGCCAGCGGUGGAGAUUCUGCUCUUUCAAAAGGCUUUAAAGUUCCCUGCCGUGGACUGAGCAGUUUGGUCUUCUGACACAGAAAAGCUGUCAAUCAUCUCAGCCAGUGCCCUCACUAAGCAAAGCACUUCAUAAGCCAUAUGACCCAGCCAGACAAGACAUGGAACAGGGAAAGGCAACAAGUGGCUUAGAUCUCUAUGGCAUUAUUAGGCACAGGGAUGAGGAGCCGACAUGCUCAGACAUAGGCUGUUUUUCUCCCUACUUUUCACCUUUGCCUGAAAGGGAAUAUAUCAACAAAGGGAAACUUUAGUAAGAGUUUAAUCAAAGCUUCAGGCAAAAGGGCUGGAAGUCUGUUGUGUCUGCUAAAAGGCUGACAAAACUUUAAGGUCUGUUGUCUGGCAGCUCUAGCGCUACAUUCCAGACUCAUUAUCAGGCUAAAACAUAGGGCCUCAUUCUAAAAAUGCAGGGCUGGGAAUGAGAAGAGAAUCAGUCCCAGGGACUCUUCGAUAUAUUAUAUGUACUUGUUUGCUUAUUGACUUUACUGGUCCAUAUACGUGGCCUUUCCUCAUAUGUAUGCAUGUUGCUCUAUUUGGAUUUGGCAAAGACACGGUCCAUUUCUUCCUCUGCAAAAAAUGAUCAAAUGAAAGACAAGGUUCCUUCAGACAGGGUGUCUGGAAGGAUCAAAGGGAGACAGUUGAUCUUCUCAAGCUGGUAUUGGAAGCAGAGAAAGAAUAGUCAAUCCUUGGAUGAAACGUUGCUUUGACUUCAGCUAUUUAUUGGACUCACUGUCUACUUAGAGGCACAAGGAUGUAUGUGGCCAGUCUCAAGCCAGUAUGCAGUGAACAAAACUCCCAGUCACAUCUCAGAUGGUGGGUCUCAGUAUUGUGGCUGUCCUGUUCACAUGCUCAUCUGAGCAGCACGCAUGGUGGAUAUGGAGGGAUUUCUGAUAAGGAAGCUUAUUACAUAAAGAACCAAAAAGUAAGCUAACGAUAGAAAAAGCUGGCAAUGGUACCUAACCUUAAAACAGGAGUCCUCUGGAAAAAGAUCUGAUCAGGUAAUUAAGGGGUAUAUAAUAAUGUAAAUGGGCAAAAGGGCUAAUUAACAUUUGUAAAAUCAACCUCCAUUCUGCUGUUUUCUGAUUACAAAGUUCUUCAAUUUCCAGCCUUUUUAAUCUGAGUUUAAUGUGACUUUUUGUGUACAAAAAAGAGCUUUCUUAUUAGCUGUGCCUUGUCUGGUCUCUUACUUGCAUGCCUGCCUGGAUUGAGUCACAGUACAAUGAGUCUCUUGCCUACUGAAGUCAUGUAAUUAUCUCAGGAUCUUAAAUUAAAAAUAGGGCUCCUGUAAACCUCUCUGCUCUGAAGAAAACCGUAAGUAGACAAAUCCAGAAUAACCACUGUAUUUGUGCCUGUAGAGAGACCGAAACAACAGUUUUGAAAGAUAUCAAAUGUCUUGUGUAUCCUAAUAGAAAACUAAUUAUUCUGGCAACUCUUUCAACACCAUCCCACUAGGGAACUCAGUCAUCCCUGUGGAUAUUUAUGGGAGUAAGUACUUGGAGAGAUCUCGCUGAUGAUCUUGUUAUUACUUCUGCUUCUUCUGAAGAUAAAUCUCCUUUUUCUUCCUGGGUGAAUAAAUGAACCCAGUGCUCAGAAGCACUUUGGGCCUUGCCUUGAUCCCCUAGCAUGCUCUUCUGAGUCUGGAUUCCCACGUGCCAUCUGUUAAUUUAUGCCCUGGCUCCUCUGUCCUUGCCUUAGCUUUGUGGCUAUUAAGGGACUGAGAAACUGCUCGAACUCCUGCUAAAUGCAGGUUCAAACAGUGUUCCUGUUUGCAGAGGGGGGCAUAACUACUUGCAGUGUCCUUUGGCAUCUCCUACCUCCAGCAUCCUUCUCUGGAGUGUUAGAGCACUCAGCAGCACCAAGAGGAAAGAACUGCAAAGAGAGAGGCUGCAGAUGAGAGAUUUCCAGUUAUUUUUAAGCCAUCUAUCACAUGCAGGCAGUUCAUGUUUAUGGAAUAUGGUGCAGGAGUUAUCUUAAAGCCAAAGCCCAUCUUCAGCUAUGCAUAUCCUGGACAAAUCUGAAGUGAACCAUAACUUCUAACCUCCUUCCACAGCCAUUUCUGUGGCAGUCAGAGAAAACAUUUCCUACAGGAACAGUUCAUAUGAAAUUUGUAAAUCUCCCCUUGGGGAGGAAACAUCCAUUUCCCCUUCUACCUGUCAUUCUUCUUCCUUUAUUGAAUCAAUAAGGCAUGAAAUUUGGCAGCCUAUAAGAAAAAAAUGAGCUGUUCAUAUCAAAGAGAGCCUGGAUGGAUAAAAAAGCCCACACUGUUAGGAUCUAGAUCCAGUUAAUAGGAAUUUAAAUAAAUAGAAACAGAAUCUAAAUGUAAAUGAACAUUACAUCACCGCUGGCAUUUAAGCUCAUUUUCAAAUACGGAAUUAGAAACAAAUUUAACUUGCAGGAACGUGCUGUGUAUUCACUGCUCUGAGGACACAGGUCUGAAUAUUUUGUCUGUAGCUUCUGUCUCCAAACAAACCACAGCUGGAAAUUCACACUGGACAUGGAGGAAUUCUGCAGAAGGGGCAGAUCCCUACUCCCUGGUAAAGGAGAAUAACAAUUAACAAGCUCUUGCUUCCCUGCCUUUAAUUUUAAGCUGCUGCGAUAUGACAGCUAGUGUCUGAGUCAGCCUUGCCCCUUUGGGAUGUAGUCUGAAUCUCCUGAGUGGCCGCUUCUGUGCUUCCAGCCAUGAGUACAGGUUCUCCAUCUGCUCAGAUGAGGGAUGCCUGUUACUGCCAUGCAUUUACAUCAUGAAGCCCCUUCUCUCUAAUGAUCUGUCGAGUGUAAUUUCCCUGAAAUAGUUAGCAGGAGGGCAAUGCUGUUUCUAUGGGACAGUCCUUGUCUAAUCAAAGGCAGGCAGUGGGUUAGCUGCUGAAUGAACACUUUCCAGCUGGGCAGUAAGGUACUCCUCCAUUUGAUGAGGCAGCUGAAUGUCACCCCACUGUGUCCUGCCUUCAGGGAUGACAGCUGAUUCCUUGCUUGGCUUACUUCUCUACAACCUGAAAGUUCUCAUCUCUUACCUCCAGAGAUCAUUGUUCAAAUACCUGUGUUUUCCUCUUUGCAUAAAGAAAGAAAUUGCCGGUAGUUGCUCUAAGCUAAUAUUACCAGUAGGUCACUGCAGUUUUUCUCAGUGUCUUCAAGCUGUAAGGGCAUUUUUAAUCCAGUUCUGUGUUCUGACUGCCAACCUGACGAAUGUAAUUUUUCCCUACUCAGAGGUGAGCCAUUCUGCUCAACUACAAGAUUGAGGUCCAUCAGUUAGAUGAAGAUGCAAUGAUUAUAUCUGAAUCUGGUUCUUUUGAGCGUGACUGUGUCUCACACUGCCUAUUAAAGAGCAAAGUUUAACAUUACUCUCACUCCCACUAAUCCUUUUGUGUAAUGUCACAUUACGUAUUUGCUUCUACAGCUAUUUUUGUAGUUUGAGGUCUUAACUUGCAUCUUCCAGCUUCCAUUUCCUUUGAAACUGCAUCACAUUUAGCAGUACAGAUUUCAUCUUCUUCAUUAGCACACAAAUACACAGAAUUAACUUUUUUAUCCCAUUGAAAUCACAACACCUACGUAUUUCUUUUCUUGGGGACACACCUUUGCUCAGAGAUUUUUCAAGUUUAGGAAGACACAGCAUAAUAAGGGGGAGACAGUUUCUCCCUCCACUUGCUGCCACACUAAUGAGGCUACAGACAGACCCCAUAGAGAUCCUAGGACUCUGAAAUCCUUUUACUAACCUUUAUUCUGUCUGAAUGGUUUUAUUAGGAUGUUAGCAACGUGUCAUGCUAUAAUCAGCAGGAAGGUCUUGUUUAUUGCUUGCUUGUUUGAAGACAAGCAGAGCAUACAGCCCUAGUGAAGUGGAAUCUAAUUACUGGGGUUUUAAUGGAAAACCACUGUGAAGAGAUGUUGAAUAAGGCAUGCAUGGGAAAAACCUUGUUGGAUGCACUGCUAUUUGUGUAGCAUCAAAAUAUUUUGUCAAAAUACAUGACUAAUUUUAAUCGAUUUCAUAUUCUUAGCAAUUAUCUUUGAAAUUCUGCAGCUCGCUGUGGUGACUGAACAAUACCUGCUUAUGAGUCGUUGAUCUCCACUGACAGAGAGACUUGUUCCUCGCACUCCACAGCUGGUAAUGCCAGUCUUCAAAUUCACUCCUGAAGAGUAGGAAACGCUUUCAAUUGUCAGGUUCAACUCAAAUAGCAGAUACACAUCAAGAGAUUUCCUCCAUUUACUGUUCUAAACAGUUACAUUUUCUCCGGAGAGCAAGUCUGCUUCGUGUCUGCUGGCUUCAGUUCAACUUGCUCAACAUCAAGCAGAUUAAACGUGAAAGUAUACGAUUUAAUUCUAGCAAAGGAAAAGGCUCAGAUCUUAAUUAUUUAAUGGGAAAGAAAAUUACAAAAAGAAAAACAUAAACAAAAAUGCAAUUUUAGCAUCCAAUUUCUUUCCCAGCUGACAUCUCAAAUCCUUGAGGUUUGCACCAGCCAUAUGAACUCCAGACCAUAAGAUAAAAGAUUAGUAAGAUGGAUGACAGAGGAGGUUUUUAGAGAUGCUUUGUCCAACACUUUUCUUUGUUCUUGGCCACUUUCAGAAGUUCAAGACAUCAUAUUAAUAUUUCAUAGUCUUGGAUCCCAUGGGUCAAAACUGUUUAUGAAAGGCUUCUGCUUGGAAAAUAUGUUGGCUUCACCUUGGGGAAAGCAAGUGUCUAACUGAAGGAAGAGUUAUAGGAAAGGAUUCACUAGAUGUGCUCACAGCUCAUCUCCAGCAUUCUGUCAGAUGCCUGUCCCAAGCACCCUGUCUCCAGCAAUGGAGACUGCUACAGAUGCUUGGGAAUUCAGCAGCUUUGCAAUAAUCAGCACAUGAAGAGGAGUAAUGUCUAAGUCUUAACAAGGAGCAAUCACCACACGUCCUGUCCCUAGAGAAAGCUGUUCUGCAGGGAUGCUGGAUGCUUUCUGCUGUGAUCACCAUCAUCUUUCACCUCAUCUUUCCAUUUUGCUGCCUUAUUUCAGAGCCAUCUCAUUUCUCUCCGCAGAAUAACGCCCAGGCCAUUGAAUCUUUAGCACUUACAGACACUGUGUACCACAUGGAGGAGCACUAUUAGGCAGGCACACCUCCCUCUAGACCAGGUUGCUCAAAGCUCCAUCCAGCCUGGCUUUGAAUGCUUC